CUGGUUGAUCUCAAAGGACUCACAACCCGUUCCACAAGAAGUUAUAUAAGCCAAUACAAAGAAGAAAACUCCUUACACCAGAAAAAAUGAUGAAGUUUUCUUCUCUUCUUGUGCUUUUCUUUAUUUUCCCGAUCGCGUUUGCUCAACUGAGAGUCGGGUUUUAUAGCCAGUCAUGCCCACAAGCUGAGACUAUCGUACGCAAUCUGGUGCGCCAACGGUUUGGUGUUGACCCAACCGUCACUGCCGCUUUGCUCCGUAUGCAUUUCCACGACUGCUUCGUCAGGGGUUGUGACGCUUCUCUCCUCAUUGACUCAACCAAUUCUGAGAAAGCCGCUGGACCAAACGGAAGCGUCAGAGAAUUUGACCUGAUCGACCGGAUCAAGGCUCAGCUAGAGGCUGCAUGCCCCUCUACAGUCUCAUGUGCUGACAUCGUCACAUUGGCUACACGUGACUCGGUGGCCUUAGCCGGAGGCCCGAGCUACAGCAUCCCCACAGGAAGGCGCGACGGUAGGGUCUCGAACAAUGUGGACGUGGCCUUACCUGGUCCAACAAUCUCAGUCUCCGGAGCCGUGAGUUUCUUCACCAACAAAGGGUUGAACACGUUCGAUGCUGUGGCUCUUUUGGGUGCACAUACCGUUGGUCAAGGAAACUGUGGUCUCUUCAGCGACCGAAUCACUAAUUUCCAAGGUACCGGACGACCCGAUUCAUCCAUGGACCCUGCUUUAGUUACCAGCCUAAGAAACACAUGCAGAAAUAGUGCGUCAGCGGCCCUAGACCAGUCGACUCCAUUGAGAUUCGACAACCAGUUCUUCAAGCAGAUCCGUAGAAGAAGAGGAGUGUUGCAGGUUGACCAACGGCUCGCAACUGACCGACAGACUCGUGGCAUUGUGGCUAGGUACGCUAACAACAACGCCUUCUUCAAGCGUCAGUUCGUUCGAGCAAUGGUGAAGAUGGGAGCCGUUGAUGUGCUUACUGGCCGUAACGGUGAGAUCAGGAGAAACUGCAGAAGAUUCAACUGAUGAGCUUGAUUUAUACAGCAAAAGUGUGGAUAUAAUACUACAUUUGAAACAUAUAUAUAGUUUCAAAUCCUCUUUAUAUUUUCUAAUUCAUUUUUGGUUUUGGUUGGGGUUUUAUUGCAUGAAUAAGGCUUUUCUUAAGACUUUUGAGAAAAUUACUAUAUAUUAUAAUGUUGGUCUGCAUUUGGAUAAUGUAUCUUAACUAUACGAAUAUUUUGUGGUAUUGACAAUAUUGAUUUAUAUCUUAUCAUUGUUAAUCAUAUACUGUAUGUAUGAAUUUUAUUUUUCAUUCUUGUUUUGUUCUCUAAAUGUGUAAGAGUGUGAACUUGGCUUUCUUAAUGAAGGAUACAAUAACAUUAA